UUCUAGAUCUGCAACGUCUUCCGCUACGGAUUUGUAACAAAAAUUCAACAGAAGAUCUCAUUAGAAGCAGAAUUGCUAAAAUGGGCAAGCGUUUGCGCAUGAUACGUAUUAUUCUCUGUGUGAUCUAUAACGAUCGAUUUUGCUGGAGCUUUAUCAAGAGCUAUGCAUUCUUCUUUGUUGCCAUGCGUUUGGCGAAAUCAUUCCGGGGAUUUGAGCUGAUGCCGGCCUCUGUUACUGCCAUCUAGCCGAGAACCCAUCAAAGAAAUCGAAAAUUGCAACAAUACAAAUAAAUACUACAAAUAAAAUAAAAUAGAGAAUAAAGUGGGCAAGCGAUAAACUCCA